GGGACGCGGGGCGCCGGGCCCCGCUCGCUGCCCGCCCGCGCUGAUCUGAGGGGCGGCGGCGGCCCGGCCGCGAGGGGGCAGCGCGGGGCGCGGGCGGGCCGGGCCGCUCUGGGCCCCGCGGAGAUGUGGGCGCUCGUCUGGCGGUUCCUGUACAGCCACUACUUUCGCUUCUGGCUCAAGUGGCUGGUGCGGCUGCUGACGGGCAAGUGCGAGCUGCAGCGCCUCCUGGGCGGCGCGGAGCCGGGAGCGCGGAGGACGUUGAGCGUAGAACAUUCACUGGAAUCAUCAAAAAAUAAGGUUUUGAGAAAUGCUGUACACGUUGAGGAAGCUGAAGUGGAGAAGUGUGUCAGAGAUGUCAUGAAAGCAAAGAAGAUUGGACAGAAGGACACAAGGUUUAAGACAAAUUUGCAUAUAUCCUUGCUACAGAUAUCAGGUUAUAAAAAAUUGUAUUUGGAUGUGGAGAACCUGAGGAAGGUCCCAUAUGAUUCAGAAAAUGAAGAACACGAGGAACAGUUGAUUGAGCUCUGGAAUUUGCUGAUGCCUCACGAGAACCUGAAGGCCAGAAUCAGCAAACAGUGGUGUGACAUCGGCUUCCAGGGCGACGAUCCUAAAACUGACUUCAGAGGGAUGGGGCUGCUGGGCCUGGUGAACCUGGUGUAUUUUAGCAAGCAUUACACCAGUGAAGCUCGUCAGAUCCUUUCUCGGUCCAGUCACCCAAAGCUGGGGUACUCCUAUGCCAUAGUUGGGAUCAAUCUGACAGAGAUGGCAUACAGCUUGCUCAAGAAUGGUGCUUUGAAGGGCCAUCUCUACAACAUGGUCUCUGGGCUGCCACAGAUGGAGCACUUCCAUCAGUUCUACUGUUAUCUAGUUUAUGAGUUUGACAAGUUCUGGUUUGAAGAGGAACCAGAAAGCAUUAUGCACUUCAACCAGUACAGAGAGAAAUUCCAUGAAAAAAUUAAGGGACUUCUACUGGAUUACAGUGUGGUACUGACCUUACAAGAUACAAAGAAACCUUAAUUCCUUUGCAGUACGUGAGGUUCUGUAUUAAAAAUUGAGUGAUGCAUUCAGAUGGAAAGUUUGUGUGUUUCACCAAAAACUGUCUAACAACAGAACUUUUUUUUUUUUUACAUUAAAAAAAAAGAAAAUUAGCAAAAUUCAGUUAGGGAAGCUUGGACAAUCAACCUCUGUUUACAGGUAUUUUUAUGCUAUUCUCCAAAGGGCAGCUUUCUGAAAAGGAAACAAAACCCAGCCAACAAACCAACACAAAAACAACCCACAAAUCUCAAGAACCUCUGGAUUGCUUACUUGUACAUUUUCUUUGAUACUUCUUGGUGCAGAAAUGUGAAGCAGGUAUUUGUGCUGCAUCAUAUUUUCUAUGAAUGGGUUUGACUGUUAAUGGUCUUUUAAAAGACAGUUUAAGUUGUGCUUUUCAAAUUUGAAUUUAAAUUCCAACCUUGUAAUGUAAUGGUUGAGGUUCGGGUUUAGUUGAAAUUAUUGUGGUUUUAGAUUCUUUGUGUUCUUGUUCCUUCAUAUGUCAUCGAUCAUUCACUCAACAAUGUUAAAUUUCUUUGUUAUUUGUUUAUAAUUUUGGAAAAGAGGCUUCAUCCGUCAGCAUAUUGUACUUACUAGAAAUUACUUCUGGAAAAGGAAAUUUAUCAAUGGAUUUGUACCAGCCAAUGCUUGAAAGAAGUUUAGUUUGCAAACAAACAAAAAGAACCACGUGUCAUCAGCAUGAGGAUAAGAUCCUCAGGCUAAAGCUACUCUUUUAGAAGUAUUCCUAUUGUAAAAACUUUUGAUUCUUUCUAAUCUGACUUCAAAUGAUGAGAAAGAUUGUCAGCCCUUUCUUUUAGCAGCUAAGGGGGUAUUCUUAGUGGGAGAUACAACAGAUUUACUUUAGCCCUUUUAUAAAUUUAAAAAAACCCUUUAUUGCAGCUGCAAUCCUUAUUUUGUAAAAAUAAAUUCACAUCUGAGUACAAGUCUAAAAAAGAUGUAUUUUCCAUGGAAGGGAUGCAACUUUGAUGUGUUCCUUAGUGUUGCCCUCCUCAGACAAUCUAAUAGAUAGAACUUCAUGUCUGUAUUGUGACUAAUUAUUGCUCAGAGCAACUUUAAAUGGAUUUGGUAUGACCAUCACUUUGUUUUCUAAGACCUUCUAUUAAAUAAGUGCCUUCUGCUGUUUUCAAUCAGCUUUUUAUUUUGAGUCUUCUAACUAGAUCACAGCCUUAGAAACUUGAGUAAUUUGAGAAAGGUUUUUUCACCUUAUACCUGAAUGGUUCACAGUGGCACAAAAUUUGUAUGUUAUACAAGCUUUCAUGUAUUUUUUCAAUCAUCUCAGGUAAACUAGUUCAUUUCUAGUCAAUGGCUACUCAAGAAGAGAUUCCUGAUGAAUAUAAACAUUGAACACAAUGAAUGGAAGCAUGAUGAGGGGAAAAAAAACAAAA